AUGGCUCCGCCCCCGUCCCAUCUCCCGGCCGCCAUUAGCUGCGGGAGCAGAGUCUCCGCCCCUGCUCCUUGUGGCUCCGCCUCCGUCCCAUCCCCGGACCUCCAUUGGCUGCGAGAGCGGAGUCCCCGCCCCCGCUCCCUCUGGCUCCGCCCCGCCUCGCCUCCGGACCUCCAUUGGCUGCUGCGACGGCGUCCUCGCGCGGGAGGGGCCGGUGGGCGUCAGCCCGGAGGCGGCGACGAGAGCGAGAUGGACGCGCCGCCCAGCCAUCCCCGUACGGCCACCCGGCGGGGUGAUGCUUUGGGGGAAGAGAUCUCCCUGUUUUCAGACCUGCUGUCCGGAAAAAGAGCUGAGCGGAAGCAAACCUCGGGCGGCCAGAGCGGGGCUGGGGCAGGGCCAGGACCAGCCGGACAGACGGGACACCCACUGGCCACUGCCUCCCCCCCACACACCUGCAGCCCCGGGUGCGAGGAGGGCGUGGCCGCAGGCUCCCCUGGGAUCGACUACAAGACCACCACCAUCCUGCUGGACGGCCGGCGGGUGAAGCUGCAGCUCUGGGACACGUCGGGGCAGGGAAGGUUCUGCACCAUCUUCCGCUCCUACUCUCGGGGCGCACAGGGCGUGAUCCUGGUCUACGACAUCGCAAACCGCUGGUCUUUCGACGGCAUCAAUCGCUGGAUUAAGGAGAUUGACGAGCACGCCCCCGGGGUCCCCAAGAUCCUGGUGGGGAACCGCCUCCACCUGGCGUUCAAGCGGCAGGUGCCCACGGAGCAGGCGCAGGCCUACGCAGAGCGCCUGGGUGUGACCUUCUUCGAGGUCAGCCCGCUCUGCAACUUCAACGUCACCGAGUCCUUCACGGAGCUGGCCAGGACCGUGCUGCUGCGGCACGGUAUGGACCGGCUCCGGAGGCCCAGCAAAGUGCUGAGCCUGCAGGACCUGUGCUGCCGCGCGGUGGUGUCCUGCACGCCCGCCCACCUGGUGGACACGCUGCCGCUGCCCCCCGCCCUGCGGAGCCACCUCAAGUCCUUCUGCAUGGCCAACGGGCUCAGCGCCAGGAUGACCCCCGGCCGCGUCUACUCGCUGGCUGCUGCCCACAAAAGGAACAGCUUCUGCAAGGGGAAGGGCGCCCGCCCUCCCCAGAGUCCUCCCAAAAACUGCUCCAGAAACAGCUGCAAAAUCUCCUAAGGGGACACGCCGGAACCUCCCCAGGGGGGCUCUGGACAGUCACGCCCAGGAGGCAGCCACGCGUCCUGGGUCCGGGAAACACGUUUCCGGCGUCUCCCGGAGACAGCGCUGCGUGGGAACGCCUGUGGCGCCUCCCGUGCGGCGGGAGCCCUUUGGAUUUCCACGUGGGUGUGCAUGGAGCCCGUGUGCUAGACGUGUGCUUAUAAAGGGAACAUUAGUGCUCUGUUCGGCCCUUGAUAGCACGAGAUUUUGAAUGUUGCUUAUGUGGUGAUCACCCACUGCCACUUUUUCCUUAAAACAACUGCUUUUGCAAGAACGGUGAUAUGCAAGCAAUAGGCAUACAUUUAAGGGAAUUUGAGAAGCAGUGAUAGCUUAAAGUCAUCGACAUCCCAAGAGGGGUCUUUUUGUGAACCUCCUUUUUAAUGUCUAAGCACCAGUUUAUAAACACCGCAGAGGUUGUGCGGCAGAUCUGUCCGGUUUGUGUGUGUGUGUGUGUGUGUGUGUGUGUGGAAUGGGGUUUGAUAAAGGUUUUGCUAUGUUGUUUACUACAUUUGGGGAAUUAACAUGUGAUUUAUAUGCAUAUUUUUCUGUGAAUCUACAUUUUUUUGUACCAGAUGUUCUUACACGCUAUGACGCUAAGGGAGGAAAAUGCCAAAGAUAUCUCUAGUUACGUGGAGCUCGGCCAACACCGUCUCGACAAACUCGCAAGGAAAGACCUGUUUCAGAGAAGAAUGGAGUAAACGCUUAUUUGGGAAAAUGUUUCUCAGAAAUAAAACGUGCACUGGUUACUCUCUUGGCA